GCGGGGCAGAGAACUGUAGGUCAUGUCACCAUAUAUAUACAUAUAUAGAAAUAUAUACGUAGACGCCGCACUGAGCGCUGAAUCGUACGUCGACGUCGCCGCCAUAUUGGAGGAAAUGGACUGAACUUCAUAAAGCCCCUUUCUACAAGUUAAUGCCUCUUAUUCACUUAUUCACACACACACACACUAAUAUAUCUGGGAAACAAAUAGGCACCAAAAUCAAAAAUGUAACUUGUGAUUAUUAUAAAUGUUUACUCCUUAUUUUUACUGUUACUGUGAUCUAAUCUGUGUCUAUAAUAGCCAGAUCCUUGUUACUGUCGUUUGUCCUCCCAUUCAACAGGUGGCGAAAGAGGGCAUCAACGUCAUGUGCCAGCCGCGUUAAAACAGCAGAAGGUUGGUCAGGAGGAGCUUAUUUACGCCAUUGAGAGACUGCGAACGGAACAGCUGGCGAAACAUCUGAUGAGUUGUCACAAGUUCUCUGUUUGAUCACGUCGAUGCACGUUUCUUUUAUCGUUCAUUGGCUGUAUGAGCGGACAAAUUAGUUAGUAUCUGCACGUUUGUGUAGGUGCACCAUUCAGAAAAUGCCUCAUAAAUGUUCGGGAUCACAGCAGCGCUGACAUCUGCUGUGCGGUGACCACUGAGCCCACGGAGGAGGAUGAGCACCACAGUGUGCGGACGUUUCCCAGCGAAGGAUGGAUCAUUUUGUUUAUAAACUGGUCUACACACUGUGGUAAAGACUCUUUAGUCCGCUUCCGGUGUGAGUUUCCCUUCCUCGGUGCUCUGUGUGGUUACUACACUUCCCCUUGGAGAGCGGCUGUAUCUCAGUCAUGCCCAGGUCAAGUCGACGGUACAAGCCGCUGCAGCAGAGCAACGGCAGCGGCUCCUUCACCGGUUGUGAGCGCGUUCGAAUGCCUCGGGCCCGGGUGUUGCUGCUGUGUCUCCUCGGGAUUCUGGUGCUGACUCUAGUGCUGGGAGUUUAUCUGUCCAAAGACAGCACCAGUGCACAUGUGAACCGCACACCAGCUGUGGACCUGACCAAAGACAGGUUGUCCCACAAACCCAGUAAGUGUUCACCGGCUCAGAUCCGCCGUCUGGCCUCUCAGGUGGACGGCAGUCGUCUGUGGGAAACGUACAUGAGGCCCAUCCUGAUAGAGCGGCUCCCGGGGACAGAGGGCAGUCUGAUUGUACAGCAGCACAUCACCUCCACCAUAUCCUUGCAGUCGGCCGGCUGGUCCAUAGAGCUAGACUCCUUCCGGUCUUCAACCCCUCGAGGCCUGGUCGCUUUUACUAACAUUGUAGCUACUCUGGACCCUUCAGCACCGCGGAGGCUGCUCCUUGCCUGCCACUAUGACUCCAAGCUGCUGCCCCCAGAUCCUCGGGCCCCAGAGAAGGUGUUUGUAGGCGCGAGUGACUCAGCAGUGCCAUGUGCAAUGAUCCUGGAGCUCGCCACUUCUCUGGACGCCCAGCUUAGAUCAUUCAAACAGCAGAAACCUCCAGUCACCCUUCAGCUCGUGUUCUUUGAUGGCGAGGAGUCGUUUGAAGAGUGGACCGCCACAGACUCGCUGUAUGGCUCUCGGCAUCUGGCGGAGCGUAUGGCCAACACGCCUUACCCCGCUGCUUCCUCACACACCACCAUGAUCCAGGCUGUGGACUUAUUUGUGCUGUUGGAUCUACUCGGCGGAGCUGAUCCACUGAUUGCUAAUCACUUUGACAACACAGCGCGCUGGUUUGACCGUCUGAUUGCUGCAGAGAAGCGACUCCACCGUCAGGGACUUUUGACAUCUCACCCAUCAGAGCAGACGUAUUUUAGGAAGGACGUGUAUCUUGGACCUGUGCAGGACGACCACAUCCCCUUCCUUCACAGAGGUGUUCCUGUGCUGCAUGUCAUUGCCACUCCCUUCCCACAGUUCUGGCAUAAGCUGGACGACACGGAGCAGAACAUGCACCGCCCCACUGUGGAGAACCUGACCAAGAUCAUGGCCGUGUUCCUGGCUGAGUACCUGGGUUUCUGAACACAAACUCUGACAGAUAUUUGUGCUCCACACAGCUGUGGCCUGAGGAGCUCUGCUCACUUUAAACCUGCGCCAGAGCACAUGUGCUGUUCCUCUCGCUGGUGAUCAAUGACCAGAUGCACAACAAGAUUUCCCCCAAUGAAAUAAACUGUACUCAACUGGACACCAGCUUAACUUAACCGAACACAUUGUCUCCACUGAACUGGCCAGGCUUUGUUGUUUCACACACAAUGGAUGAUUUGAAGACCCAUUUCCAAAUAUGGGCUUAUGUGGUGGACACAGUCUUAAUUAAAAUAUUAUAGUAAUGUCUUAUGAGCAUGGUACCUGAGGACUAGGAAGAUUUAAAAAACGAAAAAAACCCACUCUUAUUCGAUAGGUUUGCUUCAUUCUUUAAAAAAAGAAAAGCCUUUGUUUGCUAAGUCUACAGUAUAUUAUCAAGAUGCACUAAUGUCUUUUUAAAGACUGACUUCUCAACCUGAGUUAAUCUAAUGUGAGCUGCUGUGAAUACAGGUCACACAGUGACAACUUUACUUGAGUGAAAAUCAUCUUGGCUUUACAACCAGCCAUUUUAUGUUUGCUAGCUAUUAUGUUCUGUGACUAUCCUGCACUUUUUCUGUCAGUUUAAUGAUGGGAAAAUGAAAAUCCAACAAAUGCUGCCUUCUGUGGUCAAAGAUGAGGUGAGAAAAGGAUGCAAUAAUGUUUACAUGUGUUAACAUCUUUCAGGAUUGGGUUCACCUGUGGGAAGUCAAAAUCACUGAAAGAUUCCGUUACUAGAAAACAGUACAUACAGUAUUGGCACAUUUUAACAACGGAGUCCCAGCGUAUCAUCCACUGAGUGAGCUGAGUACACUUACACUACAGUCCAUUUGUGAACUGUUAUGUUGAAUUUAAUCCAGACAUGUGAUGCUUACUUUUACGUAUUUGUAUUGUGUUGUCUAUGUAUGAGUCCAAGUACAAUGUCUGAUGCGUCACAUUUCGGUAAUGACGUGUACUUGUGAUUGUUUUACGUCACACCAGAAAAAUUGACUUUAAAUUCAGGAAGUAAAACAGUGAAAAGGAAUUGUACUGGACAUAUGAAGAACUAGUUUCAAGGAGGUGGUGGAAGAAGAUGGUUUUGGGUUUGCUGGGGGCUUGGAGGUGAAAUGUAAAUGUGUGUAGCGGGAAGCAAUAAGUACCAGAAAGCUGCAUGACAAAACAAGACAUUUUUAAUAUAUUUUAUAAUUCAAAAUGUGAACACAUGAUCAUAAAAGACUGAGCAGAAUAAUUCAAUAAAAAAAACUGAAAUCAAAAA